AAUAUAUGGCAGCACUGGCCGCCAUUAAUAGUAAUAGUAAUAGUUUGUGAAUCGUUGGCAGGGCCACGUAUAUAAUUUAAUUGAAUUUAGUUCGAGUUUUAUAAACAAAAAAAUGGAAACUAUGCAACGGUACAUUUCGCCUGUAAAUCCUUCCGUGUUCCCACAUCUGGCCACGGUAUUGCUGACAAUUGGUACUUUCUUCACCGCCUGGUUUUUUGUAUUUGUAGUUUCACGUCCGAGUAAUUCGAAGGAGCGCACUUUGUUUAAGGAACUCUCAAUUAGCUUAUGUGCAUCAAUAUUUCUAGGAUUCGGCAUAGUGUUUCUCAUGCUCUCGGUGGGAAUAUAUAUAUAAAUCAGAAUGUAAUUUUUAAUAAACGCCUCGGAUAACUUCCGAAAUUAAUUAAUUAUGAACAUAAUCUAUGAAAUUGGGCACAUGCGAAGUUGUAUUUAUUUCUUUUCUGCAAAUAAAUGAGGAAAUAUAAAUUAAAAUAUAUCGCAAAAAUAUAUAUGCGUAUAUAUUCAUAUGUAAAUAUACAUGAAAUUUUAAUUAAUAAAAUACUAGAUCAAAUAUA